CAUAGAGUGAAAUAAGAGGACCUUAAGGCGUAUCUCUCUUUUGCUCCCUCUUUCUGUUGAAUGUGGUGAAGUCAUAUAUUUCAGACAAGGGUGUUUGCUGUAUUUCUACUGGCACUCCUCUACAGAGCACUCUGCACUGCGUUGUAAGAAAGAAGGGGAGCGACACGAGGAACACAGCAACGCAAGCCCAAACCCACCUGUACUCACCUGAAAGCUACUACACCAAGAUCAGCAUGGCAAACAAAGGUCCUUCCUAUGGUCUGAGCCGUGAGGUUCAGAGCAAAAUUGAUAAGAAAUACGACCCGGAACUGGAGGAAAGGCUGGUGGACUGGAUCAGCGCCCAAUGUGGCUCUGGCGUCGGCCGGCCUGAGUCAGGCAAGACCGGCUUCCAAAACUGGCUCAAGGAUGGAUGUGUGCUGUGUGAACUCAUCAACAGCCUGUGUGGAGCCAACAAGCUGGUCAAGACCAUCAAGACUUCUGGCAUGGCAUUCAAGCAGAUGGAGCAAAUCUCCAUGUUCCUCAAAGCUGCAGAAAAUUACGGAGUCACCAAAACUGAUAUGUUCCAGACUGUAGACCUCUUUGAAGGCAAAGACCUGGCAGCUGUCCAGAGGACCCUGAUGGCUCUGGGUAGUUUGGCUGUCACAAAGGAUGAUGGGAAUUACAAAGGAGAUCCCAAUUGGUUCCAUAAGAAGUCCCAAGAGAACAGGAGAGACUUCUCCGAGGAACAGCUGAACGAAGGCAGAAAUGUCAUCGGCCUGCAAAUGGGCACAAAUAAAGGAGCAUCUCAGGCUGGCAUGACAGGUUAUGGACGACCCAGGCAGAUUCUCUGAACCCAUGCAGUGCUUAAACCCUCCUCCAAUACACUCCUCCCUCUGUCCUCUGAAAGGCCAGUCGGAAAGGAUGGAGAAACUCUGACUCUUACCUUGGCCAUCAGGAGAAAUGUGACCUGACUGCUUUCAAGACUAAACUGGACCAAAACAGGGACCGACAGGAACAUGUGCACAUAUACAUCACACGUUACACGUUGAGGAAACAGACAGAAAUAGAUACCUUAAAAGUAAUUAGACAGAGCAUUUUACUUACGACUACACUCUGCUAGGCCCCCUUGUAAAUAAUGUUUUUUCUUAAAGAAUCAUUACAGUUGUUUGGCAUGUUCUAACUCACUACCUUAAAAGCAAAUUUGGUUUUCAUUUCUGCAAACCAUAGGAUUUUACAUUGCUUACCUUCCAGUUAUCCACUGUUUUAAAAUCAACUUGCAUAGACUUGUAACUUCCUUGAGAAAAGAAAUCCAUCACAUUCAACAUUAAGUUUCCUUUAUUUUAACAGCUAAAUUAUUACAUUAUAGCUACAACUUGGUAAUGCAGUUGGGAACUCUUUUCAUAGCUCUACCUUUUGGUGCAUUCAUGGACACUUUUUUAAUGGAUGAAACAACUAAAUCCAUAUUUCUUUUUCACAGUGUGUCUGUUUGCAUUUCGUUAAUCUGCCAGUGUUGCUCUUCUGACAACGUAGCUAUCAAUUCUUGGAUGUCAUGGGUGUCCUUGAAUGCACCACCAAGGAGAGUUUUGAAAAUGUUCCCUGCUCAUAUCUACAGUACAAUACAGCUAUAAUGCUACUUUAACAAAAAUGAAUGAUAAAGAGCAAAGUGAGGAAAUUGUUCAGUGUCAGAGAUUAUCUGUCUCAAGCGAGUGUCAAAUCUCUGCUGAUUCAUUUUCUACUGGAAUGAACUGAAACGAGUGGCAGCCUGGAAGGCAAGAAGUUUAUGGAGUGCUGUGGUUUACAAUAAUGUUAAGUACAAAGUUUGAAGUUAACAGGUUACAACAAGCAAAUCUACCUGUAUAGUCAAGUGUAAGUAAGUUUAGAACGUGAGAUGCCUGGUUUAAAUGACUUUUAAGAAAAACAUAAAAUACAGCUGUGUGUUUUACCUGCUCCAUAACAUAGUGUGCAGUUAGAUGCUCUCAGUUAACUAAAUUCUAAUAAAUGUUGGACCUUCAUUUUAGAGUUUAACAUAUAAUGGACGAUAUUGAAAUAAAGUUGGAAUUAACUGUAAAGAAGCCUCCUGUGUGAUGAAUAGAUUAACGAAGAGAAGGUAAAGCAUUGUUGCAAUCUCCUGAUACUGCUAUUGAUCACACACUAUGCUAUGUGGUUCUUGAUAACCUGGUACCAGGUAAACAGUAGAAGAGAAGAACGAUUGUGCAUGGCCCAUAAUAAACAUAUCUUCAGGGACCUAUAGUUUAAAACCUACCUUUGUUUGCUUUAAAUCCAAGCUGUGCUCCACACAGAGAUUAGAGGAUGUGAUAAAGUCUGCAAAAAAAAAAAAGAUCUGCCCAAAGAUGGGAGGAGAAAAAAUGAUGGGAGGGAGUGAUGAUGGGUGGGCAUAAAGCCUGACUUUUUCCUGGCUGCGUUUUCUCUGGUUGGAUGGAAAGAGAGAAACAAGGGGGAUUCGGCAGAGAACUAUCACUAUCCCCUGCCAAGGUUUUGUUUAUAAUGUCUUUUUUUUUUUUGAGUACUGACUAAGCUGUUCAGCAUGAACUGACUCAGAAAAGGGCCAGAGAUGGAGAAGAAAAGCUAGCAGGAAGAAGAUAGUAAAAGAAGAAAUUUAGGUUUGACGAGGGAAAGAGAUUAUAAAGAGACUACAGGAAGAAGAGGUACUUUAAAGAAAAAAAGGAAAAGUCUUGAUGAAGUCAGUCACAGCAGAUUAAGGUGGAUGGGGUCAGAAAGAAUACAGGUCAAGACAGAACAGGACAUAAGAAAUCAGAGAGCAUA